AUGGGGUUGGGAAAGAAUGAAAAUGGAUUCCCUGUAUUAGACUCCUUACAUCGACUUGAAACGCUAAAGGUGCACUUCUUCAAUUCUCCAAAAAUAGGUCCUUCAAGAUUAAAUUUCCCAUUGAAUCUCAAGAAACUGACUUUAUGCAAAUUUUAUCUGCCGCCUGCUGAAAUUUCAAUCAUUGCCAAACUUGUCAAACUUGAGAUACUUAAACUGCAACAAGUUGUUUUUGAAAGGGAGGAAUGGGAAGUGGCAGAUGAAGAGUUCCCUAAGCUCAAGUUGUUGAAGCUAGAAAAUCUCAAACUCUCACAAUGGAGAGCAUCUGAUGAAGCCUUCCAGAACCUUAGGCGAUUGGUUGUAACAAGAUGUUUAAAACUCGAAGCAAUCCCUCUUUGUUUCGCGGAUUUGUGUAGUUUGGAGAGGAUUGAGGUAAAGUCAUGCAAUCAAUCUGUUGCUGACUCAGCCAUGGAUAUCCGAAAUACACAGGGUGAAGUAUAUGGGAUAGAUUAUACCAAAGUCUCUAUUGAGCUUUGA